AUGACAAUAAUUUUUAGUUAUCCUGUACCACAGGAUGUAGUAAAUGCAAGCAAUGACGAUCCGAGUUUAAUAAAUCCUGUUAAAAGAGCCGAUAUAACUACCUUUUUUCCCAUAAAAAAUGAUGAAUCAAAAGAUGCGAAUAUAUCAAGCUCAAAGCAGAUGGUUAAACAAGAUGAUGGUGACGAUAUAAAAGGAUCAACAUCUAUUGUACCAGCUAAGCGUCCGGUGAAAAAUAAUCUAGAGAAGGACGAGUGUUUAUUAAACGAAGGAAGUCAUCUAAAGCGAUUAUGUGCACUUCCUCCUUCAUCUUCCGGUGAAAAUCCAUCAAAUCACCAAGCUUCAAGUACAAAGCAAUUACAAACAUCAUUGUUAGACACAAUUUCUAGAAAGAGAUCACUUAAUUUUAUAGUACAGAAGCCAAAGUCAAUUGAGAUGAAAAAUCAAACAAGGACUGCUAAUAUAUCCGCUUCGAAAGAUAAAUUGCUAAAAAAGAAGCCAAAAGCAAAAAACAAGGCAGAUGGAACUGCCAAAAUUACCAAUUAUUUUUUAAAAUUCAAAGCAUAG